CCACACACAUUCCCAUGCACUCUCUUUCUCUCUCCAUCUCUAUCUCUCUCAGAGUCUUAACAGUCAGACUCCCAUGAUUUUACAUCACUUCUUAUAUUCUUCAAGCCUAUCCAUGUUUGUUUAAUUUCCAAGAAGGCCAUCUUCUUAAGCGUGGUAUAGAUAUUUAAUGUAUCUAUCCAUCUUUCUAUCAAUCUCAAUCUCUUCUAUAUAAUAUUUAUUCACCUCCACUUUCUGUUUCUUGUUUGUUGACACAGUACUUUGGACAUGAAAGCGCCUAUCUUUUCUUGUCUAUGUCUAUAGACACUGAUACCUGAUAUUUCACUUGCGCUUGCGCUUGUUCAUGUCCUUUUGACUACCUCUUCCUCUUCCUCUUUUUACCUAUGGAUGGGGGUGUAAGAGUUGAUUAAAGCUGAGGUUGUGUAGAGAUAUGGCGUGUUCUCUGGGAGCUGAAACUGCGAAGAAGGCAAUGUGGCUGUAUCCUAAGGUUUUAGGCUUCAAUCCUUCAGAGAGAUGGGGGCACUCUGCUUGCUGUUGUAAUGGAGUUGUAUACGUUUAUGGGGGAUGUUGUGGAGGGCUGCAUUUCAGUGAUGUUCUCAUGCUUGAUCUUGAAACAAUGGCAUGGAGCACCCUUGUAACUACAGGUCAGCAGCCUGGUACCAGAGACAGCCACAGUGCAGUACUUGUGGGGCACAGGAUGAUAGUUUUAGGGGGUACCAACGGCUCCAAGAAGGUAAACGACCUUCAUAUAUUGGAUCUUAGAACGAAAGAAUGGACCCAACCCAAAUGUGAAGGGACCCCACCUUCCCCUCGUGAGAGUCAUACUGCCACAGUCAUUGGCGAUGACAGACUUGUGAUAUUUGGCGGUAGUGGAGAAGGGGAAGCGAAUUACUUGAAUGACUUGCAUAUUCUUGACCUUAAAACAAUGAAGUGGACCUCUCCUAAGGUAAAUGGUGAUCUUCCUGCCCCAAGGGACAGCCAUACUGCAGUUGCAAUUGAAAACAAGUUGCUAGUGUAUGGCGGUGAUUGCGGUGACCGGUAUCAUGGCGACGUUGAUAUACUUGAUCUGGAUACAUUGACUUGGUCCAGGUUGGCAGUUCAGGGGUAUUCACCAGGUGUUAGAGCAGGUCAUGCUGCUGUAAAUAUUGGAACAAAGGUUUAUGUCAUUGGUGGUGUUGGAGAUAAGCAUUACUACAAUGAUGUUUGGAUCCUUGAUGUGAAUACUUGUUCAUGGACUCAGCUUGACACACGGGGCCAGCAACCUCAAGGGAGGUUUUCUCAUACAGCCGUAGUUACUGGAUCAGAUAUUGCCAUAUAUGGGGGGUGUGGGGACGAUGAACGUCCUCUCAAUGAGUUACUCAUCUUGCAGCUUGGAGCUGAGCAUCCCAAUGGCCGCUACAACAUUUCCCUGUGCAAGAUCUUUGGUAAUCACUGGAACCAAGAAAAGAGGAGGUUUCCAAGUGGAGCAGAGAAUAAUUUGCAGAAAUGCAUGGUUAUUGGGAAUGAUGGGGAACAGAAGCAAAGAGGUAACGAACUGGAAUCAGAACCGAGCCAGUUUCUUCUAUGUAGUUUAGAUAACUUGCAUUCAAAGAAGAGAAGAAGUGGUGAUUCGAGAACAUGGGAUGUUGAAUCAGAACAGGAAGAACAUUCUCUUUCACUGUCACAGCACUCAUCGCCGUCCCAAUCUGAUCAAGAGCAGACUCCAGUUCAGAAACUCGCUUCCUCAGCUACCAACUCUACUGUGAAGCCACACCCCUUUGGUUUGUUUAAGAAGCAAGAUCAGAGGCCUAUGAAUUGUCAAUCUAGUAAUAUUGGUGACAAUGACAUGGAUCAGAAAAGUUGCAUGCAGAGGGCCCAGAAUUUUCAUUUCAUUGGUGAACAUCAAAGGCACCCAACUUCAGCAGGUUCGGAACAUUGUGUUCACUUCUCCUGUAACGGAAAGCAAGAAAUGCAUUACUUAACAACUGAACAGAAGCUCCCUGGGGCAAUUCAUUCCUUGAUUGGAGCUGAAGUUAGAGGUACAGUUGAUGGAGCUUUUGAUUCAGGAUACCUAAUGACAGCAAAUGUCAAUGGCAAGAUCUUGAGAGGGGUGUUAUUUGCUCCUGGACCUGGGGUUGCCUCAAGAGUAGCUGCUGCUCACCAGAAUCUGACAUGUCUAACUAGUCCAAUUGCUGUUUCACAAUCACAGCCACAUCCAAGUUCAAGUUUCACAGGACCUGCAUAUUCUAGACCUCAUCAACCAAUUAAAUUUAUGAUGCCAGAAACAAGCGAUCAUCCAAAUCCAAUUCAGCCAUCGUCUUCUGUUAGGGCCAACUCAUCCUUUUCUGGGGUUUCAAGUCUUAAGAAUGAUCUUCAAGGCGUAGUUCUAACACUUGGUGGACCUGGCAGUGGUCCUGGUAGCUCGUAGCAGGAUUCACAGAUGCAGAGAAGAAGAUUGAUUUAGACAGGGACUCUUGGUUCUUUUUCACCCUCCGGAUGUAAAUCUUGAAUAAUAAGAAAAAGAAGAGCUUUUGAAUUGAGGGCCUUGGGGUUUGGGCGUCUGGGGUGGGGUGAGGUUGCUGUUGUGUGGUCAGAUGUAUCGACGAGAAAGGCCAUCUCCAUGUAUGACAUCCACAUCUCUUGACAUGUAUCAAUCAUUUCAUCCAAAAAAGUUUGUUAGAUUAAAAUUUUUUUAC